ACUAUAGAUGAUGUGCCCUCCCGUCGGACUAGCGGCUCAGGGCGUACUUCAGUAAAAAGGGCUUCUGCUGUGAAUGGCACUGGGAGGGUGGGGGCAAACCACCCUCCUUGCGGAAUCGAUAUCAAGAGAUUUCGGAAGCACAAUUUUUUCAAACCGGGGCUGCUAGUGAUCGUUAUCCUGGCGCCCCUAUAAAGCUGUUUAAAGAAAUAUAAAUUCUUUGUUCUAGGUACGCCACAAGAAUUUACGUGCUUUAGUAAAAAAUGAACUGAGGAUCGUUCUGCACGGCUAUGUUCUCUGAGACACAUCGGUCAGAGUAGCAUAGACCAGUAACAACAGCAACACGUUGCACUCGUGUGCAACGAAUUAUUAUAGCAAAUAUUUUCCAUUUAACUAUUUAAAAUGUAUUCAACAUUGGUUGAAUACGAUAGUACCGAUGUGUCUUUGAUGCAACAGUAAAGCACCCUCGUUUCGGGAAAAUGUGCACAGUUGCGUUAGCGUCCUCGCAGCGUUUGAAUGUGAAAACAAGCGAGCACUAUCGAGCAGGAAGUGUAUGUCCUCCGUGUGCGCAUGCUCUGCAGUUCUUCAGAAUGUAGGGAUGUAUUUCGCUUCUUAAACGUGUGUACAGUGCGGGGCGAUAGAUGGCGACCACCGGCGAGGUCACCAUGUCCAUGGGAGAGGUGGUGGUGGUGAAGACCACAGAGGAUGAGGGAGACGCCGAUGACCCCAACAAGACCCAGGUCAUCCUACAGCUGCAGCCCAUCACAUCUGGUGAUGAGUCGGGAGAAACAGAUGCCGCCGUUAUGACGGUCGAAGCCCUUCCAGAACAAACCUCGGUGGACGGGGAGGAGAUGGAGCUGGGCUAUCCCAUCACCUGCGGGGACAGCAAAGCCGUGCUGCUGGUCAAGAAGUUUGUGUGUCCGGGUAUCAACGUGAAAUGUGUCAAGUAUGAAGACCAGCUGAUCAGCCCCAAGCAGUUUGUGCAUAUCUCCGGGAAGGCCACUCUGAAGGACUGGAAGCGAGCCAUCCGGAUGGGGGGGGUCAUGUUAAGGAAGAUGAUGGACUCGGGCCAGCUGGACUUCUACCAGCACGGCACGCUGUGCACCAACACGUGCCGCAGCACCAAGUUCGACCUGCUCAUCAACAACACGCGCUUCCCCCCCGACGGCAGUGGACUGACCACGCCCACCUCCUCCCAAGCCCAGGUGGUCCUGGGGAACGGGGCGGUGGCGGAGGAAGGGACGGAGACCCUGACCGGGAAGAUGGACUGGAGCUCGGUGGGAUCGGACUCCUCGGACAAGAGGGACGCCGGGGAACUCUCAGAGGAGACGCUGAGCUUCUGGAAGGGCAUCGCCGACGUGGGUCUGCUCGGGGAGGUGGUGGGCAACAUCACCACGGAGCUGCUGGGCCUGCUGAACGGGGUGCAGCACGCCGGGGACCAGGCCCCCAUGCAGGACGCUGAGGUGGCAGUGCUCAGUAACCUGGCCCAGGUGUUCGGACUGCUGGACUCAGUCAAGAAGAUCCUGGAGAGGAAGAGGGAGCAGACGGACCCCAGCCAGGAGCAGGUCAUCACGGCGCUCGCCAGCCUGGAGCAGCAGCUGGAGGAGCAGAGGAAGCAGACGCCGCUGCGCACGCUGCUCUCCAGCCCGCCCGCCGGCCGCUGCAAGACGACGACGCCGUCGCGGCGGCCGGCGGCCAAGCGGCCCCGCCUCCAGCGGCCCGCCUCAACCUCCACGCUGCUGGCCUCGCCGCUGGGCGUCCAGCAGCAGCACGCCACCAUGGCGCCGCAGCAGUUCACGCUGCUGUCGCCCGUGUCGUCGGCGCUGGGGCAGCCCUUCACCGUGGCGGGCCUGCCGGGCCUCACCGCCCUGGGCCCCGCCUCCUCGUCCGCCGGCAACACCGUCACCCUGCUGCCCGCCGGCGCCCAGGUGUUCACGCGGUACGUGGUGGCGGGCGCCGACGGCAAGACGUCGGAGACCUUCACGCUGCACCCCUCGUCGGGGCUCACCCUGGUGGGCGCGGCGGGCGGCGGCGGGGGCGACGGCGUCUGCCAGCAGCUGGGAGCCCUGCUCAGCCCCAUGGAGCUGGUGCAGCUCAGCCAGCAGGCCGGCGUGGGCAUCGUGGGCGGCGGCGGCGUCUCCGCGGAGGUGCUGGUGCAGCAGCAGGAGGUGAUG